GGCGGGGGAGGGGAGGGGAGGGGGCGCGGGGCCGCGGCGGCGAAUCUCGCUUCCUCCUCGGGGCGGCUGUGUAGGAGGCGGCGCCCCGGCGGCGGCGACGGCGGCGGCGGACGGACCGAUCGACGGGCGGGUGCUCGCGAACCGACGGCCGGCCGCCCGCCCGGAGCUGCUCGCUGGCCGGGAGACAGCGGUGGCGGACGAUGCGCGGCCCCAGGCCCCGCGCGGGCGGGCGCUGCCCAGGGGGCUGACCGCGCCGGACGGCGCCCCAGGACCGGGCAAGGGAGCCCGCGCCGCCCGGAGGCCAGGAAUCGUGAGCUGGAGCCAGGGUCCAAGUUGGAUCUGAUCCAAAGCCUGAGAUCAAGCUGGGCCCGGAGCCUGGCCUGGAGCUGGAGCCCAAGCCACAGCUGGACUGCCCCUGCCAUGCAGAAGGAGCGGGGCAUUGCACCUUCUUGCCCAGGCAUGCAGAGCCCCAGGCCCCUACCCCUGCUAUCACUGCUGCUGCUCCUGGGCGCGGGGGUGUCGGGCGCCUGGGGCCAGGCUGGGAGCUUGGACCUGCAGAUUGACGAGGAGCAGCCAGCGGGCACACUGAUCGGGGACAUCAGUGCAGGGCUUCCAGCGGGCACAGCAGCACCUCCCAUGUACUUCAUCUCCGCCCAGGAGGGCAGCGGUGUGGGCACAGACCUGGCCAUUGACGAACACAGCGGGGUGGUCCGUACAGCCCGGGUCUUGGACCGCGAGCGGCGGGAUCGCUACCGCUUCACUGCAGUCACUCCUGAUGGCGCCACCGUGGAAGUUACCGUGCGAGUGGCUGACAUCAAUGACCACGCUCCAGCCUUCCCACAGGCUCGAGCUGUCCUGCAGAUACCUGAGCAUACCGCUCUCGGCACCCGCUACCCACUGGAGCCUGCUCGUGAUGCAGACGCUGGCCGCCUAGGAACCCAGGGCUAUGCGCUGUCUGGUGAUGGGGCUGGAGAGACCUUCCGGCUGGAGACACGUCCCGGUCCAGAUGGGGCCCCAGUGCCUGAGCUCGUAGUUACCGGGGAGCUGGACCGAGAGAACCGCUCACACUACAUGUUGCAACUGGAGGCCUACGACGGUGGUUCACCACCCCGGAGGGCCCAGGCCCUACUGGACGUGACGUUGCUGGACAUCAAUGACCAUGCCCCAGCUUUCAAUCAGAGCCGCUACCACGCUGUGGUGUCCGAGAGCCUGGCCCCCGGCAGUCCUGUCUUGCAGGUGUAUGCCUCCGAUGCCGAUGCCGGUGCCAAUGGGGCUGUAACUUAUGAGAUCAACCGGAGGCAGAGCGAGGGUGACGGGCCCUUCUCCAUCGACGCACACACGGGGCUGCUGCGGCUGGAGCGGCCACUGGACUUCGAGCAACGGCGGGUCCAUGAACUGGUGGUACAGGCACGGGAUGGAGGGGCUCACCCUGAGCUGGGCUCGGCCUUUGUGACCGUGCACGUGCGAGAUGCCAAUGACAAUCAGCCCUCUAUGACUGUCAUCUUCCUGAGUGCGGAUGGCUCCCCCCGAGUGUCUGAGGCUGCCCCCCCUGGCCAGCUUGUUGCUCGAAUCUCUGUGUCAGACCCAGAUGAUGGUGACUUUGCCCAUGUCAAUGUGUCCCUGGAAGGUGGAGAGGGCCACUUUGCGCUCAGCACCCAGGACAGCGUCAUCUACCUGGUGUGCGUGGCUCGGCAGCUGGAUCGAGAGGAAAGGGAUGCCUAUAACUUGCGAGUUACUGCCACAGACUCAGGCUCACCCCCGCUGCGAGCCGAGGCUGCCUUUGUGCUGCAUGUCACUGAUGUCAACGACAACGCCCCUGCCUUUGACCGCCAGCUCUACCGGCCCGAGCCCCUGCCUGAGGUUGCGCUGCCUGGCAGCUUCGUGGUGCGAGUGAUGGCCCGGGAUCCUGACCAGGGCACCAACGGUCAGGUCACCUAUAGCCUGGCCCCAGGUGCCCACACCCGCUGGUUCUCCAUCGACCCCACUUCAGGCAUCAUCACCACAGCUGCUUCACUGGACUAUGAGUUGGAACCACAGCCGCAGCUAAUUGUGGUGGCCACGGAUGGGGGCUUGCCCCCUCUCAUCUCCUCUGCCACAGUGAGUGUGGCCUUGCAGGAUGUGAAUGAUAAUGAGCCGCAGUUCCAGAGGACUUUCUACAAUGCCUCCUUGCCUGAGGGCACCCAGCCCGGAACCUGCUUCCUGCAGGUGACAGCCACAGAUGCAGACAGUGGCCCAUUUGGCCUCCUCUCCUAUUCCUUGGGUGCCGGACUUGGGGCCUCGGGGUCUCCCCCAUUCCGCAUCGAUGCCCACAGUGGCGACGUGUGCACGACCCGGACCCUGGAUCGCGAUCAGGGGCCCUCAAGCUUCGACUUCACAGUGACAGCUGUGGAUGGGGGAGGCCUCAAGUCUAUGGUGUAUGUGAAGGUGUUUGUGUCAGACGAGAAUGACAACCCACCUCAGUUUUAUCCACGGGAGUAUGCUGCCAGUCUGAGCGCCCACAGUACACCAGGCACAGCUGUGCUGAGGGUGCGUGCCCAUGACCCUGACCAGGGACCCCAUGGGCGACUCUCCUACCACAUCCUGGCUGGCAAUAGCCCCCCACUGUUUGCCUUGGAUGAGCGCUCAGGGCUGUUGACGGUAGCCUGGCCCUUGGCCAGACGGGCCAAUUCCGUGGUGCAGCUGGAGAUCGGGGCUCAGGAUGGAGGUGGCCUGCAGGCAGAGCCCAGUGCCCGAGUCAACAUCAGCAUUGUGCCCGGAACUCCCAUACCACCAGUAUUUGAGCAACUACAGUAUGUCUUUUCUGUGCCAGAGGAUGUGGCACCAGGCACCAGUGUGGGUGUAGUCCAAGCACACAAUCCAUCAGGUCGCCUGGGGCCUGUGACCCUCACCCUAUCAGGUGGGGAUCCCCGAGGACUCUUCUCCCUAGAUGGGGCCACAGGGCUGUUACAAACGCUUCGAGCUCUGGACCGGGAGCUGCUGGGACCAGCGCUAGAGCUGGAGGUACGGGCAGGCAGUGGAGUGCCCCCGGCUUUCGCCGUAGCUCGGGUGCGUGUGCUGCUGGAUGAUGUGAAUGACAACUCCCCUGCCUUCCCUGCACCUGAAGACACGGUGUUGCUGCCGCCAAGCACUGCCCCAGGGACUCCCAUCUAUACACUGCGGGCUCUGGACCCCGACUCAGGCGUUAACAGUCGAGUCACCUUUACCCUGCUUGCUGGGGGUGGUGGGGCCUUCACUGUGGACCCCACCACAGGCCACAUACUGCUUAUGGGACCUCUGGGGCCUCCAGGGGGGCCAGCCCAUGAACUGGAGCUGGAAGCCCAGGAUGGUGGCUCCCCACCCCGCACCAGCCACUUUCGACUGCGGGUGGUGGUACAGGACUUGGGGACCCGUGGGCUGGCUCCCCACUUCGACAGCCCCACCUACCGUGUGGACCUGCCCUCAGGCACCACCCCUGGAACUCAAGUCCUGCAAGUGCAGGCUCGAGCACCAGAUGGGGGCCCUGUCACCUACCGCCUUGCAGCAGAUGGGCCAAGUAGCCCCUUUGGCCUGGAGCCACAGACUGGGUGGCUAUGGGUGCGAGCAGCACUGGACCGUGAGGCCCAGGAGUUAUACACACUGAAAGUAAUGGCAGUGUCUGGGUCCAAAGCUGAGUUGGGGCAGCAGACAGCCACAGCCACCGUGAGGGUCAGCAUCCUCAACCAGAAUGACCACAGUCCCCGCUUGUCUGAGGAGCCCACCUUCCUGGCUGUGGCUGAGAACCAGCCCCCAGGGACCAGUGUGGGCCGGGUCUUUGCCACUGACCGAGACUCAGGACCCAAUGGACGUCUGACCUACAGCCUGCGACAGCUGUCAGAAGACAGCAAGGCCUUCCGCAUCCACCCCCAGACUGGAGAGGUUACCACACUCCAAACUCUGGACCGUGAGCGGCAGAGCAGCUACCAGCUCCUGGUGCAGGUGCAGGAUGGGGGGAGCCCACCCCGCAGUGUCACAGGCACCAUACACAUUGCAGUGCUCGACCUCAAUGACAACAGCCCCACCUUCCUGCAGGCUUCAGGGGCUGCUGGUGGGGGCCUCCCCGUACAGGUACCAGAUGGUGUGCCUCCAGGAACACUGGUGACAACUCUGCAGGCCAGGGAUCCGGAUGAGGGGGAGAAUGGAACAAUCCUGUACAUGCUAACUGGUCCUGGCUCAGAGCUCUUCUCUCUGCACCCUCACUCAGGGGAGCUGCUCACUGCAGCACCCCUGACCCGAGCAGAGCGGCCUCACUAUGUGCUGACGCUAAGUGCUCACGACCAAGGCAGCCCCCCUCGGAGCUCCAGCCUCCAGCUGCUGGUGCAGGUGCUUCCCUCAGCUCGCUCGGCUGAGCCUCCGCCGGAACCCUCAGACCCAGACCCGGCCGCACCUGUGCCUGUCGUGCUGACCGUGACAGCAGCCGAGGGCCUCCAGCCCGGCUCUCUGUUGGGCUCGGUGGCGCCGCCAGAGUCGGCGGGAGUGGGCGCACUCACCUACACACUGGUGGGCGGCGCGGACCCGGAGGGCACUUUCGCGCUGGACGCGGCCUCCGGGCGCUUGUACCUGGCGCGGCCCCUGGACUUCGAGGCGGGCCCGGCGUGGCGCGCGCUCACAGUGCGCGCCGAGGGGCCGGGAGGCGCGGGCGCGCGGCUGCUGCGAGUGCAGGUGCGCGUGCAGGACGAGAACGAGCAUGCGCCGGCCUUCGCGCGUGACCCGCUGGCUCUGGCGCUUCCGGAGAACCCAGAGCCGGGGGCGGCGCUGUACACUUUCCGCGCGUCGGACGCCGACGGCCCGGGCCCCAACAGCGACGUGCGCUACCGUCUGCUGCGCCAGGAGCCGCCCGUGCCCGCGCUUCGCCUGGACUCACGCACCGGGGCGCUCAGCGCCCCGAGAGGCCUGGACCGGGAGACCACUCCCGCUCUGCUGCUGCUCGUGGAAGCCACCGACCGGCCUGCCAAUGCCAGCCGCCGCCGCGCAGCACGCGUUUCCGCGCGCGUCUUUGUCACGGAUGAGAAUGACAACGCUCCGGUCUUUGCGUCGCCCUCACGUGUGCGCCUCUCUGAGGAUCAGCCGCCGGGGCCCGCAGCGCUGCACGUGGUAGCCCGGGACCCGGACCUGGGCGAGGCUGCACGCGUGUCCUAUCGCCUGGCAGCUGGCGGGGACGGCUACUUCCGGCUACACCCCAGUACCGGAGCGCUGUCCGUGGUGCGGUCCCUGGACCGUGAACAGCGAGCUGAGUUCGUGCUGACUGUGGUGGCCUCCGACCACGGCUCCCCGCCGCGCUCAGCCACGCAGCUCCUGACUGUCAGUGUCGCCGACGUCAACGACGAGGCACCCACUUUCCAACAGCAGGAGUACAGCGUCCUCUUGCGUGAGAACAGCCCGCCUGGCACAUCUCUGCUCACUCUGCGGGCAACCGACCCAGACCUGGGGGCCAAUGGGCAAGUGACUUAUGGAGGCAUCUCUGGCGAAAGCUUCUCCCUGGACCCAGACACUGGAGUUCUUACAACUCUUCGGGCCCUGGAUCGGGAGGAGCAGGAGGAGAUCAAUCUAACAGUGUAUGCCCGGGAUGGGGGCUCGCCUCCGCUGUUGACCCAUGUCACAGUGCGAGUGGCUGUGGAGGAUGAGAAUGACCACGCCCCAACCUUUGGGAGUGCCCAUCUCUCCCUGGAGGUGCCUGAGGGCCAGGACCCACAGACCCUUACCACGCUGCGGGCCUCUGACCCGGAUGUGGGAGCCAACGGGCAGCUGCAGUACCGCAUCCUGGAUGGGGACCCAUCAGAAGCCUUUGUUCUGGACCUAGCUUCAGGGGAGUUUGGCACCAUGAGGCCACUAGACCGGGAGGUGGAGCCAGCAUUCCAGCUGCAGAUAGAAGCCCGGGAUGGAGGCCAGCCAGCUCUCAGUGCUACUCUGUUUGUGACAGUGACAGUGCUGGAUGCUAAUGACCAUGCCCCCGCCUUCCCUGUGCCUGCCUACUCUGUGGAGGUGCCUGAGGAUGCACCCGCAGGGACCCUGCUGCUGCAGCUACAGGCUCAUGAUCCUGACGCUGGGCCCAAUGGCCGCGUGACCUACUACCUGGGUGCAGGUGCAGCAGGAGCCUUCCUGCUGGAGCCCAGCUCUGGGGAAUUGCGCACAGCCGCAGCCCUGGACAGAGAGCAGUGUCCCAGUUAUGCCUUUACCGUGAAUGCAGUGGAUGGUGCGGCUGCUGGACCCCUAAGCACCACGGUGCCUGUCACCAUCAUGGUGCGCGACGUCAAUGACCACGCGCCCACCUUCCCCACCAGUCCCCUGAGGCUGCGCCUGCCCCGCCCAGGCCCUAGCCUCAGUACCCCAACCCUGGCUCUGGCCACUCUGCGAGCUGAAGACCGUGACGCUGGUGCCAAUGCCUCUAUCCUAUACCGGCUGGCAGGCACACCACUUCCUGGCACCACUGUGGACUCUUACACUGGUGAAAUCCGUGUGGCCCGCUCCCCUGUAUCCGUGGGUCCCCAGGAUCGUGUCCUCUUCAUCGUGGCAACCGACCUUGGCCGUCCAGCUCGCUCUGCCACUGGUGUGGUCAUUGUUGGGCUGCAGGGAGAGUCUGAGCGUGGACCCCGCUUUCCCCGGGCUAGUAGCGAAGCCAUGCUCCGUGAGAAUGCACCCCCAGGGACCCCCAUUGUCUCCCCCAAGGCUAUCCAUACAGGGGGCUCAAGUGGACCCAUCACAUACAGCAUUCUCAGUGGGAAUGAGAAAGGGACCUUCUCCAUCCAGCCUAGUACAGGAGCCGUCACGGUUCGCUCAGCAGAGGGGCUGGACUUUGAGGCAAACCCACGGCUGCGACUGGUGCUGCAGGCGGAGAGUGGAGGAGCCUUUGCCUUCUCCGUGCUGACCCUAACGCUGCAAGAUGCCAAUGACAAUGCUCCCCGCUUCCUGCGGCCCCACUACGUGGCCUUCUUGCCUGAGUCCAGGCCCUUGGAGGGACCCCUGCUGCAGGUCGAAGCAGAUGACCUGGAUCAAGGCCCCAGUGGACAGAUCUCCUACAGUCUGGCCGCAUCCCAGCCAGCCCGGGGAUUGUUCCAUGUAGACUCAGCCACAGGCACUAUCACUACCACAGCUAUCCUGGACCGUGAGAUCUGGGCCGAAACACGGCUGGUGCUGAUGGCCACAGACAGAGGAAGCCCAGCCCUGGUGGGCUCAGCUACCCUGACGGUGAUGGUCAUCGACACCAAUGACAAUCGCCCCACCAUCCCCCAGCCCUGGGAGCUCCGAGUGUCGGAAGAUGCACUAUUGGGCUCAGAGAUUGCACAGGUAACAGGGAAUGAUGUGGACUCAGGACCAGUACUGUGGUAUGUGCUGAGCCCUUCUGGGCCCCAGGAUCCCUUCAGUGUAGGCCGCUAUGGUGGCCGCCUCUCCCUCACGGGCCCCUUGGAUUUCGAGCAGCGUGACCGCUACCACCUGCAGCUCCUGGCACAUGACGGGCCUCACGAGGGCCGUGCCAACCUCACGGUGCUCGUGGAGGAUGUCAAUGACAAUGCACCCGCCUUCUCACAGACCCUCUACCAGGUGAUGCUGCUUGAGCACACACCCCCAGGCAGUGCCAUUCUCUCCGUCUCUGCCACUGACCGGGAUUCAGGUGCCAAUGGUCAUGUCUCCUACCACCUGGCUUCCCCUGCUGAGGGCUUCAGUGUUGACCCCAACAACGGGACCUUGUUCACAACAGUGGGGACAAUGGCCUUGGGCCAUGAAGGGCCAGGAGUGGUGGACGUGGUGCUGGAAGCACGAGAUCAUGGGACGCCGGCUCGGGCCGCACGCACCACAGUGCACGUGCAGCUGCAGGACCAGAACGACCACACCCCGAGCUUCACAUUGUCACACUACCGUGUGGCAGUAACUGAGGAUCUGCCCCCUGGUUCCACCCUGCUCACCCUGGAGGCCACAGAUGCCGACGGAAGCCGCACCCACGCCGCCGUGGACUACAGCAUUGUCAGUGGCAACCGGGGCCGAGUCUUCCAGCUGGAACCCCGGCUGGCUGAGACUGGGGAGGGUGAUGGACUAGGCCCCCGGGCCCUGGGCUGCCUGGUGUUGCUUGAGCCUCUAGACUUCGAAAGCCUAACCCAGUACAAUCUAACUGUGGCUGCAGCUGACCGGGGGCAGCCACCUCGAAGCUCGGCUGUGCCGGUCACCGUCACUGUGCUGGAUGUCAAUGAUAACCCACCUGUCUUCACCCGAGCAUCCUACCGUGUGGCAGUACCCGAGGACACACCUAUUGGAGCCGAGCUGCUGCACGUGGAGGCCUCCGACGCUGACCCAGGCCCGCAUGGCCUUGUGCGUUUCACCCUCAGCUCAGGCGACCCUUUUGGGCUCUUUCAGCUGGAUGAGAGCUCGGGUGACUUGCGACUGGCCCACCCCUUGGACUGUGAGACCCAGGCUCGACAUCAGCUUGUCGUGCGGGCUGCCGACCCUGCCGGGGCACACUUUGCUCUGGCACCAGUGACCAUCGAAGUCCAGGAUGUGAAUGACCACAGGCCAGCCUUCCCUCUGAGCUUGCUCAGCACCAGCCUGGCAGAGAACCAGCCUCCAGGCACUCUCGUGACUACUCUGCAUGCAACUGAUGGCGAUGCUGGGGCUUUCGGAAGGCUCCGCUACAACCUGCUGGAGGCUGGGCCAGGGCCUGAGGGCCGUGAGGCAUUUGCGCUGAACAGCUCAACAGGGGAGUUGCGGGCACGAGUGGCCUUUGACUAUGAGCACACAGGAAGCUUCCAGUUGCUGGUGGGUGCUACCGAUGCUGGGAAUUUGUCAGCCUCAGUCACUGUGUCAGUGCUGGUGACUGGUGAGGAUGAAUAUGACCCAGUAUUCUUGGCUCCAGCUUUCCACUUCCAAGUGCCGGAAGGUGCCCGGCGUGGCCACAGCCUGGGUCACGUGCAGGCCACAGAUGAGGAUGGAGGUGCUGAUGGCCUGGUGCUCUAUUCCCUUGCCACCUCUUCCCCCUAUUUUGGUAUCAACCAGACUACAGGUGCCCUGUACCUGCGGGUGGACAGCCGGGCACCAGGCAGCGGAACAGGCACCUCUGGGGGUGGGGGCCGGACCCGACGUGAGGCACCACGGGAGCUGAGGCUGGAGGUGGUAGCACGGGGGCCUCUGCCUGGUUCCCGGAGUGCCACAGUGCCUGUAACUGUGGACAUCACCCACACUGCACUGGGCCUGGCACCUGACCUCAACCUGCUAUUGGUGGGGGCUGUGGCGGCCUCCCUGGGAGUCGUGGUGGUGCUCGCAUUGGCAGCCCUGGUCCUAGGGCUGGUGCGGGCCCGGAGCCGCAAGGCUGAGGCGGCACCUGGCCCAAUGUCACAGGCAGCACCCCUGGCCAGUGGCUCUCUACAGAAGCUGGGCCGAGAGCCACCCAGCCCACCGCCUUCAGAGCACCUGUAUCACCAGACUCUCCCCAGCUAUGGUGGGCCAGGAGCUGGAGGACCCUACCCCCGCGGUGGCUCCCUGGACCCUUCACACUCAAGUGGCCGAGGCUCAGCGGAGGCCGCAGAGGAUGACGAGAUCCGCAUGAUCAACGAGUUCCCCCGUGUGGCCAGUGUGGCUUCCUCUCUGGCUGCCCGUGGCCCUGACUCCGGCAUCCAGCAGGAUGCAGAUGGACUGAGUGACACAUCCUGCGAGCCACCUGCCCCCGACACCUGGUAUAAGGGCCGCAAGGCAGGGCUGCUGCUGCCGGGUGCAGGGGCCACUCUGUACCGAGAGGAGGGCCCCCCAGCCGCUGCCACAGCCUUCUUGGGGGGCUGUGGCCUAAGCCCUGCACCCACUGGGGACUAUGGCUUUCCAGCAGAUGGCAAGCCAUGUGUGGCAGGAGCACUGACGGCCAUUGUGGCUGGGGAGGAGGAGCUCCGUGGCAGCUAUAACUGGGACUACCUGCUGAGCUGGUGCCCUCAGUUCCAGCCGCUGGCCAGCGUCUUCACAGAGAUCGCCCGGCUCAAGGAUGAGGCUCGGCCGUGUCCCCCGGCUCCCCGUAUUGACCCACCACCCCUCAUCACUGCCGUGGCCCACCCAGGAGCCAAGUCUGUGCCCCCCAAGCCAGCCAGCACGGCUACAACCCGGGCCAUCUUCCCACCAGCCUCUCACCGCUCCCCCAUCAGCCAUGAAGGUUCCCUGUCCUCAGCUGCCAUGUCCCCCAGCUUCUCACCCUCACUGUCUCCUCUGGCUGCUCGCUCACCUGUUGUCUCACCAUUUGGGGUGGCCCAGGGCCCCUCAGCCUCAGCACUGAGUGCAGAGUCCGGCCUGGAGCCACCCGAUGACACGGAGCUGCAUAUCUAGCUGUGGCCCAGGCUGGGCCCCGACCUGGGAUGCGCACAGUGUCCCCAAUGCAGGCCCCAUCUGAGCCUGCCCUGGGCAGCCUCGGACCAUGAUUGGCCGCGGGGGAGGCCAGAUCCCCACCCCAGAGUCCUCCAGUGGGGACAGGUCUCACGUCUCACCCCAGCCCUGUCAGAGCACCAGCACCACGAGGCCCUGUUGGGCACUGACCUGUGGCCGGGUCCAGUGUGGAGAGAAAGAUGAUGAAGGAGGCAGCAGCCCUGGGUCCUCCUCAGUGAGGGCUUCUUGCCCUGUGCCAGCACCCUGAGAUGGAGCUGAGACUUUAUUUAUUGGGGGGUAGGGGGAAUGGGGGCAGUCCCUCUAACUUGUUUGGGCCCAGCUCCUUUGGGUUCCACUGACACCCCUGCCCCUGCCCAGAAUCAAGUGCCAAUUCUCACUCUGGAGCCUUAAUAAACUGCAGUUUGUACCCAG